AUGAGCGACAACGACCGUGUGAUCGGCAACCCCGUCCAAAAGGCGAUGGACGCGGUUGUGGAAGCCUGGGAGUCGGCACUCCACAAGAUUCGGGAGUGCAAGCAGGAGUACCAAGCCCAGUUGGAGGAGCUUGCUGGUCUGGGGGGCAUGCCCACGCCGGCUCAGGCUCUCGGCGUUUUGACGAGCUUCUACGAGAGGGUUAAGGGCCUCAGGAACACGCUCAACCAGCCUGCGCCGCAAGAAGCUCUUUCUCAAGUCGAGGUUGCCCCAGCCAAUGCGGCUUGGAUGGCUGCUGUCCAAGCUGCCGUCACACCCGCACCCAGAAAGAGACUGAGGGAGCUUGUCAUGCCCGAAACCCAAGUCGCCGCUCCCUUCGUCCCUGUCAACGCCGAGAGCUCUGAGCAGCAGGAUACCACUGCUGAGUUCGAGGCCGAGUCACCCUCUGCUUUUUGUGAUUCGCAGGGAGAGGAUGUCAACAACAGGAAGGAUAAGGGCAAAGAAAAGGCCGUCGACACUUCCACGACUACAACCACAACCCCGACCAAAUUGAGCGGCAACAGCAAGUCCGGCCCGGGGUCCAUCGUCUCCAAGAAGGACAUCAAGGGAAAAGGCAGAGCCAAGUCCAACUCUCCUUCACCUGAGCCUUUCUCUGCCAAAACCCUUCAGAGAAUCACCAACACAGUCAGGAAGACUAACAGGCUUCCCCUUAUCAAGCCUGUGUCCAUGCUCAAGUAUGCCCGUGGUCCUGCUGCUGCUGCUGCUUCAUCUGUUCCUGGUCCCAGCCGCCCCGAGCAGCGCGCCGCCACGCCCGAGCCUGAGCCAGAGUCGGACUCUGAGGAUGAGUCCGUGUACUUGUCCGUGUUGCAGUUUCAGGGCAGCUCCUCUUCCCCUCCUGAUGCUGCUUCCACUCCUGGUCCGUCUUCGACUUCCGCUGCUGUCGCUGCUGCAAGUGUUUCUGGGGGUCCUACCUCGAACGACACAGAGGAACAGCCCAUUGUUGGAACCGACGAGGCGAUAAGCAAUGCCGAAGUUGUCGACUUCGACCCUACCACUGCCGUAACCGAAGAGAGCGACAGCGCUAGCGCCAGUGGAUCUGGAUUUAACAGUGUCACCUCCAAUGACAUCCCGGAGACGCAUGACAUUGCGGACAUCGAGAAGACGGGAGAAAACCACAACAAGGACUCAAAGGGCAAGGAAAAGGCCAGCGACACUUCCAGCAAGACAACCAUCACUGCCAGCGGAUCUGGAAGGAUCCCCUCCAAGAAAGAUCUGAAGGGAAAGGGCAAGGCCCUCGCCCGCUCUCCCUCUCCAGUUGCUUCUUCCGUGACAAGCAACAGUUACAAAGUCACAAAGAGCAAGAAGGACAACAAGGAGAACAAGCCAUUCUCCAGGCGUAGUCCACCUGUCACAGGUUCAACCGAGCCUGCAUUGAACAGCAAGUUCAAUAACAACAUCAACAACAACAUGCGCGAAGAGAUCAUAGUCAAACUGGACAAAGGAAAGGGAAAGGCAAUUGACACACCCACUCACAUCCCUACUCCAAGCACCACAGAGGACGUCAACAACAAAGACGAAGUCAUUGUCACCACUACCGCUUCUUCCAUCACAGCGGAAAGUAGCAACAACAACAACAAACCCAGCGCCAGCAACAGCGCCAGCACAUCCACCUCCGGCCGCGGCACCAUCCCCACCCAAAAAGACCUGAAGAAGGGCAAAGCCAAAGCAACCACCACUUCUCCCUCCAGAUCCGCAUCUCCCGGCCCUUCAUCUCCCAAACCCAAACUUAAACCCACCACCAACAGCACCGACAAAGCCACCAUCACCAAAGUAACCAAACAACCUGCCGCCACCCGUGAGCGCCAAACAAUCAAGCGCUCCCUCGCCAAAAAGGGCCACCACUGGGCCUUCAAGCUCGAAUCCCACUUUGCUCGAUCAGCCGAGGACGUUGCCAUCAACCAAGACAAGUAUUUCAUUCUCUGCUGUCCAGCGCCCAAUUGUCCCUCGCCCAACUUUGGGGGUAAACAUCCUUUUAAAGAGGGAAGAGCAGUCGCGCACUUUGCUGCUGGUGAUGCUGCUGCCACUGAUACUGGUGGUGCUUCUGGUGGUGCUGCUGGAGGGGACACUAGAAAUACUUGUUUGAUGGAGAUCGAUGGUGAGGAAAACGAGGAGAAAGAUGAAGAUGGAGACGUACAAAUGACGGAAGCAGAAAUCUUUGAGCGGUUUGGAGCCGAGAUCGUGCAGGAACAAAAGCGGUGGCCUGUCGAUGAGAAGUGGGCGUUGAAGAAUAAUCGCGAGUUGUGUAUGAAGGUUGGGCAGGAAGGAGACGAGAGGGAGGGGAUGUUGAGGGAGUUGUGA